UAGCGCACGGGGUCAGAGGUAAAGUGGGUCAUGACGCCGCCGUAAGUUGGCCCCGAAGUGUAACAUGCGCAGACAGGACGACCAACCGAGUCCGGUUUAACGUGACAAAACCUGCGGACGCAGAUUCCGAGCAAUGAGAGAUGUCGUCAAUAUUUCAAGAGAACAACUGUUUUAUUUAUAUAAAUGAGGCGACAUAGGACGCCGAGGGCAGCCUGAGCCGAAACAAGAUGAUAAAAAACUGGGGCGUCAUUGGUGGGAUAGCUGCUGCGAUUGCAGCUGGAGUUUAUGUUCUGUGGGGUCCAAUUACAGAGCAAAAGAAGAAAAAGAGAGGUAUGGUUCCUGGUCUGUUGAAUUUAGGCAACACCUGCUUCUUGAACUCUUUGCUUCAGGGUUUGGCAGCAUGUCCAUCCUUCAUCAGGUGGCUGGAGAUGUUUUCAUGUUCCCCUAUGAUCCAGUCAUGCAGGGACAACCAGAUGUCCACAACACUGCUUCAGCUUCUCAAUGCUCUGUCCAGUGAUCAGCCUGGGGAGGAAGAUGUACUUGAUGCCGGGUGCCUCCUGGAUGUUCUCAGACUCUACCGGUGGCACAUCAGUUCAUUUGAAGAGCAGGAUGCACAUGAACUUUUUCAUGUCCUUACAUCUUCUCUGGAGGAGGAGCGGGAUCGUCAACCCAAAGUCGCUCACUUGUUUGACAUGCAGUCCCUCGAGAACCUUCCUGAUCAAGUUGAGGAAACUAUGACCUGCAGAAGUCGAGCCCCUCUUCAUCCUAUACCAAGUCCCUGGAAGUCUCAACAUCCUUUUCAUGGUCGUUUAACAAGCAAUAUGUCGUGCAAGCGCUGCGAACAACAAAGUCCGGUGCGGUAUGACUCAUUUGAGAGCCUCUCCCUGUCCAUCCCUUUACCUCAGUGGGGGAGACUUAUCUCGUUAGAUCAGUGUCUUCAGCAUUUUAUCUCCUCUGAAACUAUCAAAGAAGUGGAGUGUGAAAACUGCACCAAGCUUCAACAAGGCAACACAGUAAACGGGCAAGUUCUGGAAAGCCAGAGGACAACAUUCAUUAAACAGCUAAAACUGGGAAAGCUCCCCCAAUGCCUCUGUAUCCAUUUACAAAGACUGACGUGGUCCAGCGAAGGAACCCCCAUCAAAAGACAAGAGCAUGUGCAGUUUACAGAGCAUCUAUCGAUGGACCGCUACAAACACAAUGCUGCCACUCACAGAAGACAGCGAAUCAAAUGUGCUCCGAUCCCCAUAAAGGCAGAAAGUUCAGAUGAUUCAAUGGAAAAGCUCUCUGCUAAUGGCACUGAAGCAGAGCAUCGAUACAACAACAACAAACCUUUUUCCAACGGAACAUGUUCGUCGGUACUUCUUCAGUCUCCUGGCGUGAACCCCCAGCUCGGCCUCACAUGUGACUACAGGUCUACAGAGUACUUGUUCCAGCUCACGGCUGUGCUGGUCCAUCACGGUGACAUGCACUCAGGACAUUUCGUCACGUACCGCCGCAGCCCUUCCUCACCUCGCACCUCUUCACCCAUUAGCUCCCAGUGGCUUUGGGUGUCAGACGACUCUGUACGAAAAGCCAGCCAGCAUGAGGUGCUGUCUUGCAACGCCUACAUGCUCUUCUACGAGAGAGUCCGGAGAGUGAGCCUGGCUCUGCACUCAGAGGAGUGAGCUGAAGCUCGCGACCUCACAGCCUGACUGACUUCUGCCUUUCCAGUCAAAUUGUCACCGCUGAAUGUUCCAGUUACAACACGGAUACCAGCAGGUGGAUUCUGACUUUGUGACAAUGAGACCAGAGAGGAAAUCCAGCCCAGAGUUACUGGAAAGAUGAUUUUGCAACCGGUUGGAGGUCAUUGAAUGAUGUAAUAAAUCCACUUUGCCUGCUUCUCUGAUUCGGAGUAGAAGAUUCUCAAUCCCAAAGAUUAUGGACCUGCAAGAUUUUUAGUCAAAUAUCUUUGAUCAAGUACUCAAUUUUUCUUUGACACGUGUAACCAUUUCUGUCAUGCAACAAUUUGGCUACUACAGGACAAAAAAAACCAGGAACACUUAACAAAAUAGCGUAUUCUGUGUUCAAGUUUACUAAACUCUGUGACAUUUUCACGAUACUCUAGAUUUUGGUGUUAAAUUUAAACGCAAUAUACUUUAAGGGGUUACUGUUGUUUUAUAGCUGACUAUGAAUUCUUGGAGAUGUUAGAAGUUGUUUCAUAUUAUGAAGUCAAAUAGGUCGAACAUGUCCCCCCUGCUUCUGGUUCUCUAUUGUUUAAUCUAAUUUGCCUAAUAAUUUCCAGCAGUGUAUGGAUUGAAUGUUUCAAGAGGCCAACAAUCAUUUCACUGUCGUGAUUUGCAGAGUUGAGGUUAAAGUGCCAUGUUGUAUUUAAUGCUCGAGAUUUAUGAACACGUAUGUGUGCAACAACUGAUCCGAUGUGAUGGUGUUGAUGUUCAACAGAGUAACAAUGAUCAGCCCUCAGUAAAUAAAGCCAAGUUAUUCUGAAUAUUUUUAAUUCUGUGUAGCUGCCGUUGCUCCUACCAAACCAACUAAAUUGAGAAAUGGCCCGGUGCAAAACUCCUUAACGUUUGCGAUUUGCACUAAUGUAUAUUCAUGUGAGAUAGUGUGUAUUUUUGUGCAAUCUGUAAAGCUGAUUGUUUUCAGGUAUUAAAAAAUAAAAUA